AUGGUUUCACCGUCAGCUGAAGGCCUCGUUACGCGCGCAGACAAUCUGGAGGACUGGGUGGACCAUAUAACCCCGGUCUUGUUGAGUAUCCUCUCCUCUCUCAAGUCGAACUCUUACUGCUCCGCCGCUGAACUGGUGUUCAGCGCCACCGUCCGACUGUCCGGUGAGGUGAGCUCGCCGACCCCGCGAGAUACGGUUGAGGAUCCUACCAACCUCCUACACCGUCUCCGGCAAGUCAUGCUGACAUUCUCCCUUGUUCCGCCCAGGCCGUUCGUCUCCGAAUCUUACCUCAAGAAAAACCCGUCGACAUGCUCUUACGUCCAUCCCCGAUGGGAUCGGGCCCGCCGGCCACUGGGACCACCCUGUGACGGCCCCUUCCGAGUUAUCUCACGUGGGACGAAGACCUUCCGCGUCCAACACGGAGCUGGCGUGUGGCCGCCAAACAUACUCACUCUUCCCUUGUGUCCUCUGUAUGCAUCCCACGUAGUGGAUGCCAUGUGCAUUUUCCUGGCCGUUUGA